AUGCUGAGCCUCAAUGGCACUCCCUUCCAGCCAGACACACUCCAGCUGACAGGCAUCCCGGGGGUGCAGACAGGUCAAGCCUGGGUUGCCCUGACUUUCUGCAUCCUCUACUUCAUCUCCAUCAUAGGCAACCUCAGUAUCCUUGCUCUGGUCAUCAGAGAGCCUGCUCUGCACCAGCCCAUGUACUACUUCCUCUCUAUGCUCUCCCUCAAUGAUCUGGGAGUGUCCCUGUCUACACUUCCCACCGUGCUUGCCACCUUCUGCUUCAACUACCGCCAUGUUGGCUUUGAUGCCUGCCUGGUCCAGAUGUUCUUCAUUCACACUUUUUCUUUUAUGGAAUCAGGCAUACUUCUCGCCAUGAGCUUUGAUCGUUUUGUAGCUAUUUGUAACCCACUGCGCUAUGCCGCUGUGCUUACCAACAGUCGCAUCUUGGCUAUGGGCCUGGCCAUCUUUGCCAAGAGUUUCGCCACCCUCUUUCCGUUCCCCUUUCUGGUGAAACGACUUCCUUUCUGCAAGGGCAAUGUUUUGCAUCACGCAUACUGCCUCCAUCCGGAUCUCAUGAAGGUGGCAUGUGGAGACAUCCGUGUGAACAACAUCUAUGGACUCUUUGUGGUCAUUUUCACCUAUGGCGUGGACUCAGUCUUCAUCCUUCUUUCCUAUGCAUUGAUCUUGAGAGCUGUGCUAGCCAUCGCUUCUCGUGAGCAACGGCUUAAGGCACUCAACACCUGCAUAUCACACAUCUGUGCGGUGCUGGCCUUUUAUGUGCCUAUAAUUGCUGUCUCCAUGAUUCACCGCUUCUGGAAAAGUGCUCCAGCUGUUGUUCAUGUCAUGAUGUCCAGCGUCUACCUGUUUGUUCCCCCCAUGCUCAACCCCAUCAUCUACAGCGUGAAGACCAAGGAGAUCCGCAGGGGCAUCCUCAAGCUCGUUCAUAAAUCCCAGACCUGA